UGCGUCGGUAAAGAUGGCUGCGCGCAUGGUUAGCAGAAACCGAACGUAAGCUGCUGUGCAACAAGUUAAAUUGCCUGAUCACACGUUGAAAAUGGUUUUACGUGUGCUCUUACGAUAUCUCCUUCAUAAUGAGCAGCUCAUACAAAGGCUAGCAGAUUCGUACCCCUUCAGGCGUGCAGCACAGAUCACUGCUCACGUAAUGCUGCGUGGAAAAGCCCUCGGACAGGAAAGCCUUGAACUCAUGCCAACUUCUAACCUCCUGAGAACGCUGAUUGAAAGGAUUGGUCGAACAACCGAGAAGGCAAGGGAUAUGUCGACAGAUAAGGUGAAAAAGUUGGAGGAGGCCAUAAAAGAACUAAAGAAGAAACGAGGACUCUAGGAAAUAUGCGUAACGAAUGAUCGGUUUCGAAAUUUUGCACGUUAUUUUGUACAUAGUAGUCGAAGGUACUUUCUGAAAAUAAAGAAAAUACAUGCAUUG